GUCGGAAAAAGGAAAAGACAGCAAAGCCGAAGAACAGUUGCAAGGCUCCGAGUGAUCUGUUCCUUUUCUUUUUCCUUUCUUCUCCCCGAGAGGGGCAAGUUGCUCUCUCUCCUUGGACAUUCCACUAACAAAAGCUUCGUCGUCGACCCGUCUCUGGAAUUUCCGAUUUUUUUUUUAAAUCUGGUUUCGAAGGAUUUGAUUCGAGGCAGAAGCCCCUCAAGUGGCGAUACGAUUUCAGGAGGAAAGAUGCCAGGGAUUGUGUCUGAAGAAAUCAUGGAGGAAGAGAAGGUUAAAGAAUUGAAUGGGAAUUCCUCCGAUCCCCCGAUUGAAGGGGUUCUUGUUCACACGUCGAUAGAGGAGCUCUGCGAUAAUCUGUGUGAGAUGCAGAGUUCCGAUCAGUCCCCGUCGAGGCAAAGCUUUGGUUCGUAUGGCGACGAGUCGAGGAUCGAUUCUGAUUUACGGCAUCUUGCUGAAGGAGAGAUGAAAGAAAGAGAUGUAUUGGAGGAGGAAGGGGAGGAGGAGGAGGAAGAUGAAGUGGUGAAACCCGAGAGCAGCACGGAAAAGGUCGAUACGACGAAAUCGGAUUCGGAGUUGCCAUCCAAGGAUGUUCCUAAAGAAAACAGUCCGGCCGAGCAAGAAGUCGGUAAGAAGGAUGAUAAGAAUCUGAACAAACCGAGGAGGAACAAGGCAGGGGCGAAAUCGCAAAACGGGAAGGAAGAUCCAUCUGAAAACUCCGAGCUUGGACGGUUUUUGCUCAAACAAGCUCAGAACUUGAUUUCUUCCGGCGAUAAUCCCAACAAAGCCCUCGAGUUAUCUGUUCGAGCGGCUAAACUGUUUGAAGCUGCUGCAAGUAACGGGAAACCACGUUUGGAAUGGAUCAUGUGUUUGCACGUUACAGCGGCAAUACAUUGUAAACUAGAGCAGUACAAAGAGGCAAUCCCGAUUCUCCAACAGUCGGUCGAGAUUCCGAUUAUCGAGGAGGGCGAAGAAUACGCCCUCGCUAAAUUUGCCGGUUAUAUGCAGUUAGGCGAUACUUACGCAAUGCUAGGUCAGCUAGAGAACUCGAUAUCAUGUUACACCGAGGGACUGGAAAUUCAAGAGAAGGUUUUGGGAGAAAAUGACCCGAGAGUUGGCGAAACAUGCAGAUACCUAGCCGAGGCUCUUGUGCAGGCAGUGCGUUUUGACGAGGCCGAGCAAGUUUGUAAAAGGGCUCUCGACAUUCAUAGAGAAAACGGUGCACCGGCUUCCAUUGAAGAGGCGGCAGAUAGAAGACUGAUGGGGCUUAUAUACGAGACGAAGGGCGAUCACGAAAACGCUCUCGAACAUUUGGUUUUAGCCAGUAUGGCCAUGGCUGCAAACGGGCAAGACUCCGAGGUGGCUCUCGUCGAUUCAAGCAUCGGUGACUCGUACCUGUCUCUGUCUCGGUUCGACGAAGCUGUUUUUGCGUACCAGAAAUCUCUGACGGCGCUCAAGACAGCAAAGGGAGAGAACCAUCCGGCUGUCGGUUCGGUUUUCAUUCGGUUAGCUGACCUCUAUAACCGAACAGGUAAACUACGAGAAGCAAAGUCGUAUUGCGAAAACGCCCUUCGGAUUUACGAGUCUCCAAACCUCGGGAUUCCUCCGGAGGAAGUAGCGAGCGGUCUUACGGAUAUAUCCGCGAUCUACGAGUCCAUGAACGAGCUGGAACAGGCGAUCAACUUGCUGCAGAAGGCGCUGAAGGUAUACAACAAUUCUCCCGGACAGCAUAGUAUGAUCGCCGGGAUCGAAGCUCAGGCCGGAGUCUUGUACUACAUGUCGGGAAAGUACUCGGAAUCUUAUGACUCGUUCAAGAGCGCCAUCUCCAAGCUGCGUGCAAUGGGAAAGAAGAAAUCGACGUUUUUCGGGAUUGCGCUUAACCAGAUGGGGUUAGCUUGCGUUCAGCGUUACGCCAUUGACGAAGCUGUGGAGCUCUUUGAAGAAGCUAAAGACAUUUUAGAGCAAGAGUGUGGUCCGUAUCAUCCGGAUACUCUUGGAGUUUACAGCAAUCUCGCUGGCACUUAUGACGCCAUUGGCAGGUCGGAGGAUGCGAUCGAGAUGCUGGAACAUGUGGUCGGGAUAAGGGAGGAGAAGCUCGGGACGGCGAAUCCCGACGUGGAGGACGAGAAGAAGAGAUUGGCCGUGCUUUUGAAGGAAGCCGGCAGAAACAGAGGACGGAAGGCUAAAUCCCUCGAGACCCUUCUCGAUUCCAAUGCUAUUGUUCCCCUGAGGGAGGAAAUUUAACCAUAUGUAAUAGAAAUUCGAAUUCAAUUCAAAGGGAAAUUAUAGGAUGUUUCCGUGUGUGAAUGUUGGUUGUAUUAAUCUUGCGUUGUUGGAUGAGAUUAUUCUCUUUGUAUCAUAAAUCACAAUAAUGAUAUUAUUAAUAAUAUAGUAACUCUAUUGUAUAA